GCUAAAAGCAGACAGUGAGUUGCAGAGCUGGACGUCGACUGACGAAUUUAACAGUUCACCACAGCUGAAGUUUCUUCACUAGCUCUGAGAGCAAGGAAAAUUUUAGUCCACUUUCAACAUAACUUGAAUUCAAAAAGAUGGAAACAACCAAAAAGGAGAUGAAAAUCAGAGUUGAAGACAACACUCAGACUCCAAAUAUAACCAUGACAGAGGAUUCUAAAGUAGGAGUCUCAUUGUCCUCCCAGGGCUUGUCCCAAGGUCAUCCAGAUUCCUCUGCAGAACAUCCUCAAAAUAACCUCCAAGUCCAAUCUGCCUCUGUGACAGAUAAGGAAGAUGCUAUUAAGCCAAAACUCCAGAUAAGUUUGAGUACAUUCACAAUCAAGAAUGGUGAAGAUCUAAAAAUAGAGAUUCCAAUCACCGGGCACCCUGCGCCAAAGAUUGAAUGGAAACAAGAUGGUCAGGCCGUUAAGGAAACUUCAAGGCUAGAGCUUAUAACAAAAGCAUCACUGACUGUCCUUCAUAUCAGACAUGCUGCCAGGGAGCACUCUGGUCGGUAUUCUGUCAUAGCGAGCAACAAUGCGGGAAAAUGCACUGGAGAAGUUGCUGUGGUUGUUCUUGAAAGACCAGACCCACCAACAGGUCCAAUAAAGAUUGAUGAAGUCAGCUCUGACUAUGUGAUUAUCUCUUGGGAGCCACCAGAAUACACUGGGGGCUGUCAGCUUGACAACUACAUAGUAGAGAAACGAGAAAUCACAAGCACAGAGUGGCAGACUGUGUCAGCAACAACAGUAAGAACCACAAUCAAAGUUACUAAACUGAAGACAGGAAAUGAAUACCAAUUCAGAGUGUUUGCAGAAAACAGGCAUGGAAAAAGCACAGCCAUAACCUCCCCAGUUGUAAUGGCCCAAUAUCCAUUUAGUGUCCCUGCUGCUCCUUGCACUCCCUAUGCAUCCACAGUGACCAAGUACAGCAUGGUGGUCGAGUGGGAGCCUCCAGCCAGAGAUGGAGGAAGCCCUAUUAUCGGCUACAUCAUUGAACGUAAAGAGAAGAACAGCAUUUUAUGGACCAAGCUGAACAAAUUCCUUCUAUCCGACACUCGCUUCAAAACAAGUGGCCUGGAAGAAGGUAUUGAGUAUGAAUUCAGAGUCUUUGCAGAAAAUGUUGCUGGUUUGAGUCCAUGUAGCAAUACAUCUGAAUGCUAUGUGGCAAGAGAUCCCUGUGAUCCACCUGGAAAACCCGAAGCUGUUGUAGUGACCAGAGACAGCAUCACACUUCAGUGGGAAAAACCCAAAUAUGAUGGUGGAAGCACGAUUACAGGGUAUGUUGUUGAAAAGAAGGAGCAGCCUGAUGGCAGAUGGAUGAAGGCAAACUUUACUAACGUUAUUGAGAAUCUCUUCACAGUUACAGGUCUGACAGGAGGUCAAAGUUACGAGUUUAGGAUAACUGCUAGGAAUGGCGCUGGUGUUUGGAGUAUUCCAUCAGAAAGUCUAACCAUUCUCGCUCAGGACGUUAUUGAAGCGCCCACUGCAUUUAUUAAUCCUCAGUUUAAGAGUACCACUGUUCAAGCAGGGGAAAACUUUGUUGUUGAUGCUGAUUAUUAUGGGAAGCCUCUUCCAGAAGUUAGAUGGCUAAAAGACGGAAAAGAAAUCGAGAAAAGUACCCCAAGAAUGGAGAUAAAAAGCACCAUCACUCAUACAACCCUCACAGUUAGGGACUGCACACGUGUGGAUGGCGGACACUAUGUCCUGAGCCUCAGUAACCUUGGUGGAGCGACCUCUAUUUCCGUUAAUGUUAAAGUCUUAGAUAAACCUGGUCCUCCUGAUGGACUUCUGAGGGUGAAGGUUGUGAGUGCGGAAAAGUGCAAUCUCCACUGGAGUCCCCCUCUAAACGAUGGAGGCUCCACUAUCACCCAUUACAUCAUUGAAAAAAGAGAGACCAGCCGAGUCACGUGGACAGGAGUAGACCCUCACGUUGAAGCUGUGAGUUACAAAGUGACAAAACUGGUGCCUGGCAAAGAAUACAUUUUCAGAAUUGCAGCAGUGAAUAAAUUUGGUGUUGGUGAAUUCCUGGAAUCUGAGCCUUUUGUUGCACAAAAUCCGUUUAAAACACCUAGUGCACCUUCAACUCCUACAGCCAGCGCUGUGACUGGUGACUCAGUAGUACUGACGUGGGAAAGGCCUGAGAGUGAUGGAGGCUCAGAGAUAGAUGGCUACAUCCUGGAGAAGCGUGACAAAGAAGGCGUCCGAUGGUCCAAAUGCAACAAGAGGAGGGUAAAUGACUUGCGUUUUCGAUGCACGGGGCUUGUAGAAGGACAUUACUAUGAGUUUAGAGUUCUUGCAGAAAAUGCUGCUGGUGUGGGUGCACCUAGUGAGCCAAGUGAGUAUAUAAAAGUGUGUGAGGCCACUUACCCUCCUGGCCCGCCUACUAACCCUAAAGUGGUGGAUUAUUCCAGCAGUUCUGUUUCUCUGACUUGGUCAAAACCCAUCUAUGAUGGUGGAGCGACCAUCAGUGGAUUUGUUGUUGAGAUGAAAGAAGUAGCAGACGAUGAAUGGAUCGCAUGCACUCCAUCUGCAGGUGCACAAGACACCAGCUACACAGUGACGACACUGAGAGAAAAUUCAGAGUACAACUUUCGUUUAAGUGCAAAAAAUUCUGCCGGAGUUGGCGAGCCUGUUGAUCUGCCUGGGUCAGUUGUAGCAGCUGCUAAAUUAGAGGCACCAGAAAUUGAGCUGGACUCUGCUCUAAGGAAGAUCGUUAACGUGCGAGCAUGUUCCACCUUACGACUCUUUGUGACCUUCAGAGGAAGACCAGAGCCUGAAAUCAAAUGGUCUAAAGAAGGUGGCAUUCUAAGUGAGAGUGCUCAGAUUGAAGUAACAAACUCCUUCACUGUUUUACUGAUAGAGAACGUCAACAGAAAUGACAGUGGAAAGUAUGUGUUAACGGCUGAGAACUGCUGUGGCUCCAAAUCGACAUUCAUUAAUGUUAGAGUCAUGGACUCUCCCAGUGCGCCAACAAAUUUAGAAAUAAAGGAUGUGAAGAGGGACUCUGUUUCCAUCUCCUGGGAGCCACCUCUUAUCGAUGGAGGAGCAAAGAUUUCCCACUACAUCGUGGAAAAGCGAGAGGAGUCUAGGAUGGCGUUCACAAGCGUCAACAGCAACUGUGUGAGGAAUUUUUACAAGAUUGACAAUCUACAGGAAGGUUGCUUCUAUUGCUUCCGUGUCCUUGCAGUUAAUGAAUUUGGCACUGGAUUGCCAGCAGAGACUCCCGAGGCGGUUAAAGUAUCCGAGGCUCCUUUGCCCCCUGGCAAAAUCACUCUCAGCGAUGUAACUUGCAAUGGUGCAAGACUCUCUUGGGAGAAGCCUGAUCAUGAUGGCGGAAGCAAAAUCACAUGCUAUAUUGUAGAAAUACAAGCCAAGGGAGAAGAUACGUGGAUGAAAUAUUCAGAGAGUAAAGCACAAGAGGUUCUUGUUAAUGGGUUGAUACAAGGAAAAGAGUACUUCUUCAGAAUAAGUGCUGUGAAUGAAAAGGGAACGAGUGAACCAAAAUCCCUGUUGACGCCUGUUAUGGUGAAAGACACUAGUGCUGAGCCUGUUAUUAACCUGCUCACCAAUACGUUUAGUGUAAAAGCAGGAAAUGAUCUGAAGAUCGAUGUUCCAUUCAAAGGUGUGCCAUCACCAACUGUGGUCUGGAAAAAAGAGGGCAAUUUGCUGAAAGAGACAAGCAGAGUAAAUGUACAUACAUCUGAAUCGAUGUCUCAGAUUACUAUCAAAGAUGCAUCCAGAAUUGAUCUUGGUGUGUAUGAAGUAAUCCUGACCAACUCUAUUGGAACGACAUCAACCGAAAUCUUUGUGAGUGUUUUUGAAAGGCCCGGACCGCCAAGUGACCUCGCAGCAGAUGAAGUGAGUGCUGACUUUGUGUCGCUGUCAUGGCAGCCCCCACUUUACACUGGUGGGUGUCAGAUAACUAAUUACGUUGUUGAGAAACGAGACACUGGCAGCUCAUUAUGGCAGACUGUGUCAGCAACAGUGGCGAGAACAUCAAUCAAAAUUUCCCGUCUGACACAGGGCAUUGAGUAUCAAUUUCGUGUUGCUGCAGAGAAUCGAUAUGGAAAGAGCCAGUUUAUUGAAACAGAAGCUAUCGUUGCCCAGUACCCCUUCAAACCACCUGGUCCACCAACCAACCUCCAUGUUAUACAAGCAUCAAAGUCUGUGAUGGUCAUUGCUUGGAGCAAACCAGACUGUGAUGGUGGCAGCCCCAUUAUUGGUUAUCAUGUUGAAAGCAAAGAUCAAAGCAGCAUUUUAUGGACAAAACUAAACAGAAGCCCAGUAUCCGAUAACCAAUACAAGGUCUCAAGUGUUGAAGAGGGGCUGAUUUAUGAAUUCCGGGUCUGUGCUGAGAAUAUGGCAGGUGUUGGACCUUGCAGUCAGACAUCUGAACCUGCAACAGCAAGAGACCCAUGUGACCCACCCACAAAUCUCUCAGUCACUAAUGUAACAAACACUUCAGUUUCACUCUCAUGGGACAAACCAAAAUAUGACGGGGGUGCUAAAAUAACUGGCUACAUUGUCGAGCGCAAAGAACUGCCAGAUAGCUGUUGGCUUAAGUGCAACUUCACAAACUUGCUGGACACCUUCUUUGACGUGACUGAGCUCACUGAAGGAGAGCAAUACGACUUUCGGGUAAUUGCAAAGAAUGCAGUUGACCUCUUCAGUGCACCGUCUGAAAAUACAGGACCUGUUACUGUGCAGCAUGAUGUAGAGCCACCCAGAAUCAUAUUGGAUGAGAAAUUUAGGCAGGCAGUGGUUGUAAAGGCUGGGGAGCUUCUAAGAAUAGAUGCAGACAUUUCUGGGUGCCCUAAUCCAACGGUGUUCUGGUUGAAAAAUGGAAGAAAUAUUAGCACCAAGGGAAGGGUUGAGAUAACUGUGACAAAGGGCCAUACCACUCUUCUUAUUAGAGAGGGGGUUAGAAAAGACUCUGGACAGUACACUCUAACCCUGCAGAGCACAGGUGGCACCACAUCUAAAAGUGUUACCUGCAAGGUGCUAGACAAGCCAGGCCCUCCUGCUGGACCUCUGGAAGUAUCUGGUCUGUCAGCAGAAAAAUGCACCCUGUCAUGGGCCCCCCCUCAUGAGACUGGUGGUGCAGAAAUCCUGCAUUACAUUGUUGAGAAGUGUGAAACCAGUCGUGUUUCCUGGACCCUUUUAUAUGGGGAUUUGAUAGCAACAACUUGCAAGGUGACAAAGCUACUUAAAGGGAAUGAGUACCUGUUUAGAGUGAAGGCAGUCAACAAAUAUGGGGAGGGUGAGACACUGGAAAGUGAGCCAAUCAAAGCCAUUGAUCCCUUCACUGUCGCUUCCGCUCCAACAGAUGUUGAAGUCACAAGUGCUACCAAUGAAGCUAUGACCAUCUGCUGGAAGAGGCCUGUUUCUGAUGGCGGAAGUCGUAUCAGUGGUUAUAUCAUAGAGAAAAGAGACAAGCACGGUGUUCGCUGGGUCAGGGUCAACAAGAAACCCGUGUAUGACCUACGUGUCAAAGCCACUGGCCUGCAUGAGGGGUGCGAGUAUGAAUUUAGAGUAUUUGCUGAGAAUGUUGCUGGUCUCAGUGAGCCUAGUUUACCAUGCCCUCUUACACUAGCAGAGGAUCCAAAGUUCCCCCCCUCCUCUCCAGCAAAGCCCACCAUAGUUGAUUCAGCUAAGUCAUGUAUCACUCUGGCAUGGAACAAGCCAUUUGAUGGUGGAGCACCAAUAACUGGAUACAAAGUUGAAUUCAGAAAAAUAACAGAGGAGAAUUGGACUGUUGGAGUUCACAGCACAGACAGAACAGAAUUUACAGUAACUGGCCUUGCAACAGGAGAAGAGUAUAUUUUCACUGUUAGAGCCAUUAAUAAAAUUGGUAUAAGUGAACCCAGCCCUGAAACAGAUCCUGAAGUAGCCAUGGACAGAGAAGAAAUGCCUGUGUUCAACAUUAACCCAGAAAUGAGGAAGACCCUGCUUGUUAAAGAUGGCAGCUCCUUCACUUUGUCUGUGCCUUUUUCAGGCAAGCCGACUCCCAAUGUGUUAUGGGACAAAAAAGAUGUGGAUCUUAGAGUAAGAGGGCUUAUCACCACCAGCAGCUCUAUCACAUCGAUAACGGUGGAAAAGGCAACUCGUGACGAUUCUGGCAAAUAUACCAUCAAACUACAAAAUGUAGCCGGAUCCGCAUCUUUAACCCUGAACGUUAAGGUUCUGGAUUCACCUGGUCCUCCUUCCCAAAUAACAGUCAAAGAUGUUACCAAGACUUCUGCUACCAUUACCUGGGACAUCCCUGAGAACGAGGGGGGAGCCCCUGUGAAGAACUAUCUUGUAGACAUAAAAGAAAUUAGUAGAAAAGGGUGGACAAGACUCACAGAUAAAUGUCGUAGACUGUCCUACAAGGUAUCUGACCUGGAAGAGGGAGGGAUCUACUACUUCAGGGUCACUGGUGAAAAUGAAUAUGGCAUUGGGGUUGCAGCUGAGACCAAAGAUGGAACAAAAAUGGCAGGUACAUCUGGAACACAACUAUAUUUUACCUCAACUGCACAGUUUUACGAUGUUUUAACAUUCUGAUUUUAUCUUGUUUCAGAUAAAACAGACUGGGAGACAAACCAAGGAGUUUAACUUGUUUUUAGAGUUGAGCUACACAUCGCUUGAUCAUCUGAAAAAGAUUCUCCUUCUUUGUUGAUCUUCAGUACAUUCUCUUCUUCCAGCUCUUGGAGAGUACAGAUGCUUUUUUCCUCCUCUCCUCCCUAUCUUAUCCCAAGGCUCUUUGUCUGUCUUUGGGUGUACGGCACUUCUGCAUUUCUUCUGGAAAACUGGAAAUUAUUAAAAAUGGACCUGGUCGGUUCGUCUCUCAACGCGAUUGACAAAAUUUUUUCAACGAUGUGAACGGGAGAAGGGGCUCCCGGAUGCCCCUCUGGGACAGAGCCAGCUGGGCAUAUCAUGGACUCCUGGAAACAGUGGAACCUGAUCUGCCUCGCUCAACUGUCUGUAGAGGAUUCUGAAGACGUCUGGAUAUUCGUGGUGUUGGUGUCAGGUUUCGUGCUUUUUGGCCUGAGUGGUUACCUGACUUACCGGAAAAUUAAUGAGCUGUCGAGGAAUAUUGGCUCGCUCCCGGAGCUCAGGGAUGGAUUACACCACGCUGUGAACGCAUAAACUCAUAUAAUUGUCGAGAUGAGUCGUAAGCUUGGAACUUUGGCUGAGAUUCAGACUUUGGCACAGAAGGUGGAUUUGAUCAAGGAGAAAGUUGACGGAUCAGCACGGAUUGGGAUAGAUAAAUUACGCCAUUACUGGAUUUAGAGGGGUUGAGGACCAACAGAACUUUAAGACAGAGAGGAAAUGAUCUCUGUCUGGCCCCAAAAGAAGUUCUUAUCUGAAUCUGGUGUCCUUGAGCCUGUGAGGCUGAAGAGAUUACUCCCCCUCAGAAGAAAUGUGGAAUGCUGCCAUCGCCAUGGUAACUCUGUCUCCCUAUCCCAGCCUGGGCGGGACUGUGACCGGUGAAGGCCGUUGAAUCGCUCUCUAAACCCAACUACCUCCCUCCCCUGUCCAAACAGAGGUGACGAGCGCUGUUUAUCAUGGCUGCAUGCACUGAUGUGUGGAUAGUCCCCAACCCUACCUCCCCACCUAGUGGACACUUAUGUUGUGUAAUGCUUGAAGUCUGUUGCAUUUCUGUCUGAGGUGUUUUUUACAUAGCGAAGCUGCCCCCCUGUGGAGGGUAACUCUGAAGUGCCUUUUUUUUCCUCCACCUGACUCAAUCCUUAUAUAUAAACCCUCUGAUCUCUAUUAAAGUAGCACCACUCGGGUUGCGAAUGACCACAGUCACCAAUUCUUGUCAUGUGUCUAUGACUAUGUAUAUAUGUCUGAUCUCAGAAUUGUGUGAACUGAAACUCUAAUGUCCCUCUGGGAUUAAUAAAGUAUCUUUGAAUUUGAA